UGACUCAUGGGAUAUGUAGUUUUUCGCUCAUUUUAGGACCCCAGCUCCUUUUUGGGGUUAUUGUCCACCAGACAGAGGAAAACUAACACAAAGGGAGAUUAUGAACAUUAACUGGACACUUUAUUUUAAAAAAGAAACACAACUGAGAGGAUGUUGUGUGUUUAGAGAGUUACACUGCGGGGGGAAGAAGGGUACAAACCUGUUUAACCUACUUCAGAACCACGGACAGCAGCCUGUCUACAAAUAGGCUAUAUUGACCUGACGCUUGAGAUAACGGGUGUACAGUGCCACACGAUGCAUAAACAGCCACGACGUGUUGUUUUGCACAGCCGUGGCGCAUGAAAACUGAAUGUACCAUGCACUAAUCAGCUGAAUGUCACACAAUGAUGACAAAAUCCUCUCUGGGUGCGUCCAUGGCCCUGUUUGAAAGGGUCAGUUGACGUGGAAAUUCCUGCUGCGACUAUAAGCAGCUGACUUGUGGCUUAGUAAGACACGGCCGUGCGUUUUCUUGUGGCUUUAAAGUCAAACUAUGGUUUAUCUCUGAACUUUACGCACGAUUGUCUCAUUCGCGUCUGCAGCAGGUUUACAGUUGCAGUCAAAUGUCAUGUGUAGUAGUGCAUAGGCAAAUCUAUCACAUGAUUGCUCGGCGUCUGUGAGCAGAAGGCAGCAGCAGCAGCAGCAGCAGGACCCGCAGCAGCAGCGGGGCUUCAUGUAAACACGCCGCGCACAGGGCUUUGUCUCACACACACACACACUCGCUCUUCGCAGGCAUCCUCCUUCUACUAGUCAUGCCAUGGAUAUUUUGUGGCAGUACCAGUUCAGGAUAAUUUUACUCGGGGACUCCACAGUGGGGAAGUCGUCGUUGCUGAAGCGCUUCACGGACGGGAUUUACAGCGAUGUGGCGGAUCCGACGGUCGGGGUAGAUUUUUAUGCCCGCUCCCUCGAUAUCGAGCCCGGGGUGAAAAUAAAGCUGCAGCUCUGGGACACUGCUGGCCAGGAACGAUUCAGGUCCAUCACAACCUCAUACUACCGUAACUCUGUGGGUGGGCUGCUAGUUUUUGACCUCACCAAUCGCAAGACCUUCGAACAUGUGAGGGAGUGGCACAAGGAGGUGAGUGAGCACAUCCUGCCUCACCACAUGGUCUACAUCCUCAUCGGCCACAAGAGCGACCUCAACAAGGACCGCAAGGUAGGCCGGGACGAGGCCGAGCAGCUGGCGGCCGAGCUUGGCAUCCGCUAUGUGGAGACAUCAGCCAAGUGCAACAGCAACGUGGACCGGGCCUUCGAGCUGCUGACCAGAGACAUCUACGAGCUGAUGAAGAUGGGGGAGAUCGUCACUCGCGACGGAUGGGAUGGAGUGAAGAGCGGCCUCACCGCCAAGGUCCUCUACCCAGAGGACGAAGAGGAGCUCGCUACUGCAACAGCUGAGAAGGGCUGCCACUGCUGACUGAGAACUCUUUUUGUCCAAACACUGUCCUGUCACACCAAGAGCUCACCUCGUCUCACAGCCGUCCAUCGAAACCAAGUCACUCAGGCUCAGCACCCUGAAAUCACCAUCCGUCACUUCCUCACUUUGUGCUUCGUGCCCUCUCUGUGUGUCGGUUCUUCUGACAGCUGGGAUUCUUUUCUAACAGGGGGGCAUUGUACAUCCCAAUGUGUGUCUUUUAGGCCAGUUGUAUCUCUUAAGUCAUGUGGUGUAGCAGGAGGCAGCCUACUUUGGCUCUUGUUGGGUUCAGAAAGCGAGCAGAGGUGAUCAGGUCUUGGACUUAGCUUAGCGUGUAGCCAAUAAUCCCUUUCACAGCCCGGGGGUUAAUGGACUACAGAGCAUACUGAAGGUACAGAUAAAUCACCGGACAAUGACUUCCUGUUGUCUGGCAUCUGUUGUGGGUUUCUACCUGUCAAAGUGUGUGUGAUGCUUUUCCUGCAAUCUUUUGUGACUGUAAAAUUGUAAAUAAUAGUGAAAUCUAUAGAGAUAAAAGCUAAAAGGUCACUAUUUAAAUAAUAACGUGAACAGACACAGUGCACUCUUCAAUAAGUGUCACCAUGUUAAUCAAUGUGCUACUCCCGCUACUGUAAGCUGUGUGUGCACUAACGCCAAACUGACUCCGGUCAUUCUCUGAAGAGAUGAUUAUUGUUUUUGUAAAGAUUAUAGAUGAUUCUAGUUUAGGUGUGUACACUAAUAUAGGCCAUUGUAAUUAGGGUAGCUGGUCCCAUCUAGGUCAUUGUAUGAUAGCAUCGACAGGAGCGAGACGUCAAGUGUGUCAGCUGUCAGUCAUCAGACCUUCGCAGACUUUAUCAGCUGUAGUGACGAUGUGUUUGAUUAAGAAAGAAGGGAGUUUAAAUGUCACCUGCAGCUGUUUGUAUCUCAGACAAACAGCUGUUUCUUUGUUCCACGCUAAACUCACAGAAUAAAUAUUUCAUUCAGACCUGA